AAUCGCGGGCCGUGCGUCUUGCUGGGACACAGUGGAGGUCUGCGCUCCGGUCUGAGGGGCGGUCGGGUGUAUUCUGCACUCACCCCACACCCGCGAGGCCCGCGCCGCCCGACCCAACGGCGGAGCCGCCCAGCGCCUCCCCUGGCACCCGCUCGCUCCUCGCUGGAGCGAGACGUGGCCCGACGGCUCCGGUCACUAUGACCUGGGGCAAGGACACCCUGCGGCCACGUUCUUUGACACUUGAGGAGAUGGCCCUUCCUUCCAGUCUCCAGGACUUCACUCCCCACUUCCACUUCAGGCUACAUCCUCACGGCCUUUUCUGUGCCAGCUCCUGCCGGCGUUCUCGCACAGAAUCUUCUGGGAAGACCCCCACUUUACGGUCCGCUCUCCGUCCUGUCUUACCCACACCAAAAUCGCCCUUCGUGGUCUGUUCACAGCUUCGAAGGUUGCUCCAGCAUCCGCCUGGGAAGUGUCCCGGCUGUAGCCACUCCCCGGCCCCGAAGCCUUCACAUCUGCAGAGUGAAACAUCUUUCAACCUAAUAUCAGAAAAAUGUGACAUUCUAUCUAUUCUUCGGGAUCAUCCUGAAAACAGGAUUUACCAGAGGAAAAUCCAGGAACUCAGCAAAAGAUUCACCUCAAUCCGAAAGACCAAAGGAGACGGGAACUGCUUCUACAGGGCCUUGGGCUAUUCCUACCUGGAGUCUUUGCUGGGCAAGGGCAGAGAGAUCCUCAAGUUCAAAGAGCGUGUGCUACAGACCCCAAACGACCUUUUGGCUGCUGGCUUUGAGGAACAUAAGUUCAGAAACUUCUUUAAUGCUUUUUACAGUGUGGUAGAGCUGGUAGAGAAGGACAGCUCAGUGUCCAGCCUGCUGAAGGUGUUCAACGACCAGAGCUCCUCGGAUCGAAUAGUGCAGUUCUUACGCCUCCUCACAUCAGCCUUCAUCAGGAACCGAGCUGACUUCUUCCGACAUUUCAUCGAUGAGGAGAUGGACAUCAAAGACUUCUGCACUCACGAAGUAGAGCCCAUGGCCAUGGAGUGUGACCAUGUGCAGAUCACAGCCCUGUCGCAGGCCCUCAACAUCGCUCUGCAGGUGGAGUAUGUGGAUGAGAUGGACACAGCUCUGAACCACCACGUGUUCCCCGAGGCUGCCACCCCUUCCGUUUAUCUGCUCUAUAAAACAUCCCACUACAACAUCCUUUAUGCAGCUGAAAAACACUGAUUAUUAGGCCAUGCCAGAGCCUGUCAUCUAAUGGACUGCACUCUGAAUGGAACAUUUCUGCCUUGGCAACUUUUUAAGUGAUUUAGACAACUAAAAAACAUAUAGCCUUUUGGGUAAAGCCACUGAACUGAGACCUGUGCCCACUAUGGACUGUGAUGACUUAAUAGGAAUUUUAGUAUUUAUUUUGAUAGAUAUAUAAUGCCUGCUAACUCUGGACCAGAAGGCCAGAAACCCUGUCUCUGUACCCAUUUACUUCAAGAACCUCGUUGGACCUAUUUAUCUGGCAGAGGUUCCUGACAGUGCUGAUAUGCUGCUGUGUGAAAAUGGGGAUAUCGGGCUUGUCUCACCCAGGGCAGUGGCCCUCAUAGGGAAGACAAGCUUAGGCCAGCUGUCGUGUAGAGGUGACUUACCAGACCUAUGAAGAGUCCAGCCCGGCUAUGUGGAUGGGUCAUGGCGAACUGUCUGAAUGUGAGGGUGUGUAUACUUUCGUUCAUGGUGGUAUACUUGCCUAUCCACUGAAGGAGAGAGAAAAAAGACUUACCACCGUCCAGAGAAGGACAUUAGCCUUCAGCAUGACGCUCCGGUUGUGAGGUCCUCUACCUCAGGACCAGAACUCCUGACUCUGGAGGACAGGCCCUUCAGGGUUCUGUCAACCCCAGCUGAAUAAGGCUUGCUGAGGACAAUGGCUUGUGCCUAAUUCAGUGGGUCCAUGUCUGGGACCAAAGGGCUAUGGCUACCCAUCCUCCCCAGUGAAUUCUAGGAGUAGGGCCUAGGUGAUCGGCUGGGUAUGUGCAGCACAGAACCUAGAAGGGCUGAGGACAGGUUUCCCAAGGAUCUCUGGUUUUGUCCAGGCCAGCUUCAUAGGCAGCUGGGCAGGGAAGGACAAACAAGCCAUAGACAUGGGCAGCAGGGAUGUUUCCUCCUGUGUGUGUACCCCUUAAUAGCCCCUUGCCUUGCCUUGCUGCCCGAAGACAUUUAGGAGUCCACCUGAGGACCCACCCAGCUGUUGCUAGCCACACCCUCCUAUGUAGGACAACCAUGGGACAACCUUUCCUUGGUUACAGGGCUUCCCUCCUGCUGCACUCUGCAGGAAUUAGACAAUUGGUGCUACUGUGAGGGUCUGCUGAAAGCCUGCACACAGGGCUGGGCGCAGGAUCUUGACCUGAGUCUACACAGCUUAGACACCUGUCCUUUUGUUCGAGGAAAGCUGAAAGCACCUAGAUGUUUGUGCAGUGUGGGACCUCUGCCAACAUUUAGACCCAAAGGCUCCAGCUAAGUGAGUCUAUCGCUGGCACAGGAGUGUAAAUCUGCCCUUCAUCUUUUGAUGUGUUCAGUGUUGCAGUCUGAUGUGGGUACCUCUGACAGGUACCCUACAAAGGUGGGCACCUAUCCCCAUGACUGUCUUCAGCCAUUAGUCUCCACUUCCAUUAAUCUCCACUUCCAGGCUUAAUGGUGUGAGCACAGGAAACCUGACUGAUGGAUGCGAGUUCCAAUGGGUCUGGGGACAGGGGAUGGGCUUGGGAAAACGCUAAAACCUGGCUGAGCAUAGCAAGGCUAGGUUACAGCACAAGUCUGCCAGCUCUUGGUAGAGGAGGCAGGGGAGCGCAGGUGCUGAGUUCAUCCUCGAAAUGCUUCCAAUUCCUCCUCUCCCAGAGCAGCCAGUGGGGCAGCGCAGAGUGGGGCACCUGCUCUCCGCCCUCUGAGAGCAGACGGAAGUGCUGGCACCAGCUGCCCACGUUCAACUGUGUGAUCUUGGCCAAACCCUUUCAGCUCUGAAGCAAAGAAGCAUGGCACCUACAAGUGAACCGGGUCUAAGGGCUUGGGUUCAGUCAGCUUCCCUUAAGUGAAAGCAUCUUCCUACCAUUAAAACUGUUUCUAUGAACAACUUUCA